AAGUACACACGCAUCCUAACAAUGCUGACAACCAAGGCUGCAGAAUUGAGCUUCCCUGAAUGGACAAGCGAACAUGCAGAAGUGUUCACAGCUAUCAAGAGUCUGGUUGUUAGCCCUCAGUGCCUCACGACUAUAGACCACAAUAACCCAGGAGAAAAU